AUGUGCAAUCACCAACAACCUGACCCCCAUUUCCCAUCCUCUGUGAUUUCAUCUAUUCCUUCGAUCUUCUACUUACUAAAAGAACUUGUUACCUCAGUAGUUGAAGCACAUAUGUCCGGGACGCCGACAAGGAAAAACUUGGUUGCCAGUGGUGCAUCGUCGGCACGUCGAGCGGCUCAUACCGGCGUGAACCAAACUACAGAGCACCGACGUUCCUCCAUAAAGACCGAUGGCAAGCGAUCUACUCCAAGUAAAGGAUCCCAUAUUGGUAACGAACGGAAGAGUAACCGCAGCAACUCAGGUGACCGGAAAAGUAACCGCAGCAACUCAGGUGACCGGAAAAGUAAUCGCAGAAACCCAACCCCUGAACCAAAUGGUUCUCUGGAGAACAUGUCGACCAGUCAGUUGUUAUCCAGGUUGUUAUGUAACACGCGGUUAGAGGACAUGCGACCGGACGCCUAUCGAUUAGAUAUGACCCAAAAGGAGGAUGUGCGGUACCUCUAUGAGAUGCAACAUCGCGUGGAUCCCGAGUUGAACCCCUUCAGGGCGCGCGCUAAUACCGCAAAAAUAAAUCAAAUGAAUAAAAGCCGAAUCUUUGAUUUUACCUCUCCAACCCCUUCUGUGCGAAAGCAACCUGCAGUAAAACACGAUGACGGACUGGGAAGUCUGGCGCGGUUCAUUUAUUCCCAAGAGGGGCGCCGAAAAACAACACCACUGGGGCGGCGUCCCAACACGGUUGCACAAAGGAGAGCCACAUUUCAUCCUUUCAGACCCGACGAACAGGAGUACAAUCCGAUCACACCCGGGCGCCGAGUCCGUUACCAGUUGUCGACGUACCGAUGGGAUAACCUUGGCGGAAAUCUUGUGGUAAAGGAACGGUCGAGUGCCGCCACCACACCACGUCCAUGCAUCCGCACGAGGAAGGGCGUGGAUGCAUUUGAGGCCACACAACCCGUACAUACCUUACCUCCCCGUAAGCGGCCUCCCCGUGUCACAGAAUCGAUGCAGGGGCAUCCAGGGUAUUUGGAUCAUGAUAUUUUUGGUAUCCGGAGCCGCCGUAAAGAAGCGACGCAGCGUUGUCGUUCUCUUUCACCUUUCUUGGUUGGGCGAACUGAUCUGGACGUGAGGAGGACGGCUGUGAGCCAAUCUGCCACACCAUUGUAUUCUCCGAGAAAUAACUAUCCAGCCGCCGCAGGUGUCACAAGUACCCCAGACCGGAGGCACUGCACAACACCUUUUGGCGAUGAGUCUCCAGCGGAAGUUGGUCCCCGUGGUUUGUCCAGCAGCCGAGAGCCCAUACAUUUCUCAGAAGGUGAAGACAAUAGGGACGGCCGUCAAUGUGUUUGCACCGCCAACACACCAACCAAAGGAGACAUAAGCGCCACAUCGGCACCAGGAGGAGGAGAUAAUUUCUACGACCCAGCUGGAGUGUUGGUAUCGCCUCGUAUUAGAAGUGGCGUGGGUCGCGUCGCUGGGCAGCAUGUGACAAAAUCAAAUAUAGUCUUUGGCGAAACAUACCAACCCCAAACACCCUCACCACGGAGGGUUUCAUACCAUACAAGCCAUUUGAAUUCAACGCAAGUGCGUGAUUUAUUAGUGUGGACGUAG